CGGCUGCCCUUCCGGUCCCAGCGUUCCCCGCGGCGGGGCGCUGGUCUCCGUGGCAACGUGGCCUAGCGGCCUGCGCCUCCCCUCAGCCCGCCGCAAGACGGCAAUAGAACCCCGCAGAUAAACUCACUCCUGCGCUUAUACCUCGUUGCCACCGAUUGCCCCUUGUGGAGCGCGUACGAAACACGCGGAGGUGGAGAGCCCCGAGCCGAGGGUGGCGGGUCUAUGGAACGAGCUGCCAGAGGAGGUAGAACUUGAGGCAGAAACUUUAACAGCACUUAAAGGACAUUUGUUGGAUGGGUGUUCAUUGACACUUGGCUGGCUCAGGCUGCGAUCAUUAAGGAGCUGGGACACCUGCACUACAGUGAAACCGAAUAAAAAUGUCUUACUUAGCAUAUGAAGUUGAACUGAGCAAACGUCAUGAGAAAAUAUUAGGUCAAAGAACUGCAUUGCUUCAGCAAAUGGAAGAGCAGCUUGAAAGUCAGACAAAGAAGAAAAAAUUGCGAGCAGUAAAGUUUGAGUCGGCAAAUGAGAGAAAUGCGUUACUUUUAAAAGAUUUGGAAGCAGCCGAGGACAGCUUAAGAGUUGGACUACAUACGCAACUACAUCCAACUGUUAUCGCCCUUGAGACCAAAUAUUGGGCAUCCAUCAACGAACAACUUCCUAAAUGGGAACAGUUUUUACUGGGGCGAACAAGAAAUCCGGUUGAAGAAAGGAGUUCAAGGCCCAAAAAAACACAGAACCAGUUACUUCAAGACAAUGAUACUUUUAAAAAUACUAAUUCACAGUCUCCAACAUCAACGUUCAAGACGCCACCACGGUGUCCUCGAUCAGGAAAACAAAAAUGAAUGAAUGAUCUUAAAAAAUGAUUGCUGAUACAGAAAUACUUUUUAUCACAGAUGCUACUGGUAUCUCAAUGGGUCAAUUGAUAAUUGCUCAUUUUCUAAGCUUCCCCCCAGUCUAAUUUCAGUAAAAACACUGAAUCAAGCACUUGAAACAACUAAAUUUUAUUUUAACAAAAGCGCGUCACUGUUCAAGCCCUCUAGGCCUCGCUCAGACAGAGACACUCCAGAAGUUCACACAGUCCCCUCUCCCAGAAGAUCCACGCUGAACCUAGUGGUAGCGAACUUUUAUGUGUCCUGGGAUCUCGAGGGGCCGAACCACAUGGGGGUGGUCUCUUAACAACCCAAUUAGAGAUAUCGAUUAACCCCAUACCUAACAGACAUUCACCUAACCCAAUAAUACAACAGCUCAAUACAUUGUAUUCAAACCAGCCUUCAUAAGGAACUUAGAAAUAUUUAUCCUGAUCUGCAGGUAUUCCAGACAAGGCUCAAUACCUCAUCCAAUCAACACUCGGCUAAGUCAAACUCUGCAAAAUUAUUUACAAUUAUUUACAAGGUGUAUGUCUGGUUUGCAGCAAUCCAAUACAUUCUAUGCAUUUUUCACCUAAUUGACAGGGUUGGCAGAUGUUCCUAUUCUUUGCUUGCAAAUUGUAUCUAAGCUCUAGACACACUGGCACCUCUUCGCAGCUUGUCCCAGCUCUGCAGAGAGCAAUUACAAAUUGACCAAAUCUCCGAGCAGCCCUGAAGCUUUUACCCCAUUUUGAAGUCCUAGCCUCUCCAAGUUAGCCAGGAUUAACAAGAUAAUUUCCACUUUAUUUGGGUGGUGCAGUGGUAGAGUUGCUGCCGUACUGUUCCAGACACACGGGUUCGAUCCUGGCUACGGAUGCUGUCUGUACAGUGUUUGUACGUUUUUCCCUGUGACCGUGUGGGUUUUCUCCACGUGCUCCAGUUUCCAAAAGUCUGUAGCCUCAUUUUGCUCUGGUAUUUUAAUUCAUUCACAUGUUUAAACUGUAAGAUUUUAUUAUUAAUGUUUUAUGUGUCAUUCUUAAUUGUUGCUGUAUGUCGUGUUGUUACUUGCGAGUGGUGCACCAAGGCAAAUUCCUUGUAUGUGUACAUACUUGGCCAAUAAACGUAUUGAUUAAUUCAUCGGGUGAUUGACGGCCACUCAAGAAUGGCAAUUUUUUAGCUUUGAAAAACUCCUUUGUUGCUUUAGCAGUAUGUUUGGGAUCAUUGUCUUGCUGUACAAUGAACCGCUAGCCAAUGAGUUUUGAGGCAUUUGUUUGAAUUUGAGCAGAUAGGAUGUGGCUACACACUUCAGAAUGUAUUAUGCUACUACCAUCAGUAGUUGUAUCAUCAAUAAAGAUAAGUAAACCAGUACCUUCAGCAGCCAUACAUGCCCAAGCCAUAACAUCCCCACCACCGUGUUUCACAGAUAAGGUGGUAUGCUGUGGAUUUUGGGCAGUUCCUUCUCUCCUCCAUACUUUACACUUGCCAUCACUCUGAUAUAAGUUAAUCUCUGUCUCAUCUGUCCACAAGACCUUUUUUUUCAGAACUGUGGUUGUUCCUUUAAGUACUUCUUGGCAAACUGUAACCCUGAUAACCUAUUUUUGCAUCUUGGAGUGUAGCCUCUGUAUUUCUGUUCAUGAAGUCUUCUGCGGACAGUGGUCAUUGACAAAUCCACACCUGGCUCCUGAAGAGUGUUUCUGAUCUGUCGGACAGAUGUUUGGGUUGUUGUCUUUAUUAUAGAGAGAAUUCUUCUGCCAUCAGCUGUGGAGGUCUUCCUUGGCCUGCCAGUCCCUUUGCGAUUAGUAAGCUCACUAGUGCUCUCUUUCUUCUUAAUGAUGUUCCAAACAGUUGAUUUUGGUACGCCUAAGGUUUGGCUGAUGUCUCUAAUAGUUGUAUUCUUGUUUCUCAGUCUCAUAAUGGCUUCUUUGAUUUUCAUUGACACAACUUUGGGCCUCAUGUUGUUAAACAGCAAUAAAAGAUUCCAUAGGUGAUGGAAAGACUGGAGGAAAGACGAGGUGCUGAGAGCUCUCUUGUAGCUGCAUUAAGGAGGCAUUUAAACACACCUGAGCAAUUACAAACACCUGUGAAGCCAUGUGUCCCAAACAUUAUGGUGCCAUGAAAUGGGGGACUACGCAUAAACACAGCUGUAAUUUCUACAUGGUGAAACCAAAAUGUAUAAAAAAUUAUUUGAAAAUUAAAAAAUAUUUGAAAAUUUAUUAAAUUCUGACAAUGUGCACUUUAACCACAUGUGACUUUUUUUCUAUUACAAAUCUCAAAUUGUGGAGUACAGAGGCAAAUAAAUAAAUGAUGGAUCUUUGUCCCAAACAUUAUGCAGGGCACUGUAUAUCGAUUGUUAAUAAACUUCCUGCUGGUUUUAAAA